AUGACAGACAGAGUAGCGUUUACGGUUCCCCAAACAGAUCUGGGCUCCAAUCCCAGCUCAGCUACUGGUUAUGUAACCUUGGCAAAUCAGGAUCUUUCUGAACCUGAGUGCUUUGAUUUAGCUGCCGACAGCAAGACGUCUUCAGGAAAUGCUGACACUGGGCACCCUGCUCCCAGCUUCAAAGCUCCAGCUGUUGUGCCAGAUGGUCAGUUCAAAGGUAUCAGCCUCUCUGACCACAGAGGAAAAUACGUGGUGCUCUUUCACCUUCUUGACAUUACCUCUGUUUGCCCCACAGAAAUCAUUGCUUUCAGUGAUAGGGUGGAAAAAUUUAAGAAACUCAACUGCCAAGUGAUUGGUGCUUCUGUGGGUUCUCACUUGUGUCACGGGGCAUGGAUCAACACACCCAGGAAAGAAGGAGGACUGGGACCCACGAACAUUCCCUUGGCGUCAGACCCCUCACGCACCAUUGCUCGGGACUAUGGGGGCCUAAAGGCUGAAAGCAUCUCAUUCGUGGGCCUCUUUGUCAUUGAUGAAAAAGGUAUCCUCCGCCAGAUCACCUUAAACGACCUUACUAUCAUCCGCUCGGUGGACGAGACUCUGAGAGUAGUUCAGGCUUUCCAGUUCACUGACAAACAUGGGGAAGUGUGCCCAGCUGGCUGGACAGCUGGCAGUGAUACCAUGAAGCCUGACGCCCACAAGAGCAAAGAAUGUUUCUCUAAGCAGAAGUGA